AUGAUUGAAUCACAGCGGUUAUCAUUUGUUAGAAGAAACCAGAAUUUAAUAAGAGUAGAUUUUCUUAAUGGGCUGGAAGAAGCUAUUGACAGAGGAGAGACAGAUCCGACUACUGUUGGCAUGCAUGUUAUAUUACCUUCAUCAUUUAUGGGCGGGAUGCAAUACAUGUUUAAUAACUGCCAAGAUGCUAUGGCCAUUUGCAAAAAAUAUGGCUAUCCAAACCUUUUUAUCACUGCUACGUGCAAUGCAGCUUGGAGUGAAAUUAAAAGAUAUGUUCGUCCAAUGAACCCUCGUCCAGAUGAUAGGCCGGAUAUAUGUUGUAGAGUUUUCAAGAUGAAACUAGACCAAAUGAUGUCUGAUUUUAAACAAGGUGCUAUCUUUGGUGGAAUUGAAGCAGGAAUGUAUACUAUUGAAUUCCAAAAAAGAGGUUUGCCUCAUGCUCAUAUUUUACUAUGGUUAAAAGGGGAGCAUAAAAUUGUUAUGUGCGCUGAUAUUGACAAGCAUAUAUCUAUUGAAUUGCCUGAUCCAACGUUGUUUCCUAAGCUAAGUAAAGCAGUCUCACGUUACAUGAUGCAUGAGCCAUGUGGAACAUCUUAUCCAAAAUCUCCUUGCAUGAGUGAUGGAAAGUGCACAAAAUUCUUUCCAAAAAAAUAUCAACCGUCAACCAGUAUUGAUGAGGAUGGAUAUCUUGUGUAUCGUCGAAGAGAUACUGGAAUUCAUGUUACUAAAAAUGGUGUUCCUAUGGACAAUGGUUAUGUGGUUCCUUACAAUCCACAUCUUCUGAUGAGAUACAGAGGUCAUACUAAUGUGGAGUAUUGCAAUAAAUCAGAUUCUAUCAAGUAUCUGUUUAAAUAUGUCAGCAAAGGGCCAGACAGGGUCAGCGUGCAUAUAACAAAUGAGAAUAAUGUUGACAACAGUCAUCAUAUUCGUGAUGAAAUCAAACAAUAUUAUGAUUGCAGGUGGCCUCCAGUCAAACGGUUGAAUUUCCAUUUGGAAAAUCAGCAGAGAAUAUUAUUUAAAGAUGAUGAAGAUCUGGAAGAAGUGAUAAACAAGCCAUCUUCUCAAAUAACAAUGUUCUUGGCUUGGAUGAGGGCAAAUCGACAGUUUCAAGAGGCUAGAGAUAUGACUUAUGCAGAGUUUCCAAAUAAAUUUGUUUUUGAUCGCCAAUCAAAUUGUUGGCGACCAAGAAAGAAAGGAUAUUCAAUUGGUAGACUCCAAUAUGUGCCUCCUGGAAUUGGUGAGCUUUACUAUUUAAGGAUACUUCUAACUGUUCAAAAAGGUUGCACAAGUUUUGAGAGCAUUAGAACGGUUAAAGGCGUUGUGUAUCCUACAUUUCACGAUGCAUGCUAUGCACUUGGAUUAUUAGCUGACGAUCGUGAAUAUAUAGAUGCAAUAAUUGAAGCAAGUGAUCUUGGAUCUGGCAAUCAAUUACGAAAGUUGUUUGUUUUCUUGAUAACUUCAAGUACAAUGAACAAGGCAGAAUUAGUUUGGGAAAAGACAUGGAUGAUUCUGUCAGAUGGGAUAGUGCAUAGCAAACGAAAAUGGCUGGGAAUUCCAGCUGAUGCAAGUGAAUGGAAGAUCACUUAA